ACGUUGACUCUACCAGGAAGUUUUGAUUGUUGCUGCUCCAAUUUGGUUCUAUUUCUAUUUCAAACCCGGGUUAUUUCCCCAAACAUCCGAAAAUGCUCACUUAUAUUUGCUCUUUUGUUGUGGUAGUUCAAAGUCUGGCAUUAUUUGUGGAAACGCGACAAGAGAAGAGGAACGUGCUCUUCAUCGUGGCGGAUGACUUGAGGACUUCUCUUGGUUGCUAUGGAGACCCCCUCAUUAAAUCACCCAAUAUUGACCAGCUGGCUUCAAAAAGUCUUGUUUUUCUUAACGCCUUUUCUCAGCAAGCUGUGUGCGCCCCCAGCCGGACAUCUAUGUUGACCAGUCGUAGACCAGACACCACCAGGCUGUAUGACUUCAAUUCCUACUGGAGGACCCAUUCCGGAAACUUCUCCACUCUCCCCCAGUACUUCAAAUCCAACGGAUACUUCACCGCAUCAGUGGGAAAGGUGUUCCAUCCAGGAAUUGCCUCCAACCACUCGGAUGAUUACCCCUACAGCUGGAGCAUCCCUGCGUACCAUCCGGCAUCUUUUAGGUUUGAGAAGGCAAAGAUGUGUAAAGGAGAGGACGGGAAACUCCACGCCAACUUGCUGUGUGCGGUGAACGUGACGGAGCAGCCCGGAGGAACGCUCCCUGACCUGGAGAGCACAGACGAGGCGCUGAGGUUACUGAAGAGCCGGGCCAACAGCAAGCAGCCGUUCUUCCUAGCUGUGGGCUUCCAUAAACCCCACAUACCUUUCAGAAUACCAGAGGAGUAUUUGAAGUUGUAUCCCUUGGAUAAAAUGAGUCUGGCCCCUGACCCAGACGUUCCCAAACUCCUUCCAGCUGUGGCCUACAACCCCUGGACAGAUGUUAGAAAGAGAGAGGACGUCCAAAAGCUCAACGUUAGCUUCCCGUUUGGACCCAUUCCUAUAGACUUCCAGUUGGGUAUUCGGCAGCACUAUUACGCCGCUGUGUCGUAUAUGGACGCGCAGGUGGGGAGGCUGCUCAGCGCUCUGGAUGGGAUGGGGCUGACUGACAGCACCAUGGUUGUUUUCACAUCUGAUCACGGUUGGUCUCUAGGCGAACACGGUGAAUGGGCCAAAUACUCAAAUUUCGACGUGGCGACCCGCGUGCCUCUCAUCGUCUUCGUUCCUGGCGUGACCGCCGACCAUAACACACCAACAGAACCAGCAUUUCCCUUCAUAGACGUCUUCAGCGGAUCAGAGCGCAGCUUCCAGUAUGAUAAAGUGGUGAGGAACAUGGUGGAGCUGCUGGACGUCUUUCCAACCGUGUCCGCUUUGGCCGGGCUCAGAGGGCCCAAACACUGUCCGGAAGUCUCCCUGCAGGUGGAUUUGUGUGUGGAGGGAAAGAGUCUGGCCGCCAGCUUUAAACACAAAGAGAAGAAGAAGAACGCAGAGAGACUCGCCUUCAGUCAGUACCCGCGACCCGCCGACACGCCGCAGGAGAAUUCUGACCUUCCUGAUCUCAAAGACAUCAAGGUGAUGGGUUACUCGCUGCGCACCUGGGACUACAGGUACACUCUGUGGCUGGGCUUCAACCCCGACACCUAUCAGGUGAACGUGUCAGACGUCCACGCCGGAGAGCUGUACAUCCAUGAGGACGACCCCGGCGAGGACACAAACGUCUACAGCGACUUUGAUCACAGCCAGAUGAUGAGGAAGAUGACGAGCCUUCCUCAGAACCUGAGUCUGCAGAGCAGAAUGGAGCUGCAGUUUCGGUACCUGACGGCAGCCAUGAAGACCAGCAGAGGAGCGGUGUGAAGGAGAGGAUGAAGGAGCCACAAAAAAAAGGGAUUUUAGUUUUAAUUUAGAGGAAAAUCUUUGAUGUUUUUCAUCACCAAACGCCAGUUUUCUCCAGUAUUUACAGGAUCAAUUGUUGCUGCUAUAAAUCACUGACCAUUUCUAUGAGAACAUUUUCUGCUUUACAGUUCUGGAGAACCCGUCUCCAGAUUUUCCUGAAUCAUUAAAGGUCUGAUUUCUUCUGAAGCAGGAGAAUCUGAAAAAGAGAAGGACGAACCAGCUUCAGAGAAGCUUUGAUGUGGUCUCCAACGUUCCGUCACAACAGCUGAUGGGGAUUUGCACUUUUGCAGUGUAACUGCUCCUCAUUUCCAUUUGAUCUGGCUGUUACUCACAGCUGUUUGGGCCUUUUUUUCCUCUAGAAAACCGUCGGCUCAGAUCAAUUCAGAACGGGUAAUGCCGCCGCUGCCGAGUUACAUUUACUACUGCUGCUCAAAUGCAUGACAGGUUUUUCUUUUUUUUCCCUUUUUUUCCUCUUGAAGCUGUAAUUUGAAAAAGAAAGCAAUUUCAGCUUUAAUUUCAGGAACGUCGGUGAACGGAAUGGAUUUGGUCUGUCAACUUUUCCGUCAUACUAAUGGCAUACAAAUGAAUUAUGUGUCAUCAGGAGCUGUUUAAGUCUUUGAAUAUUUAUUCUGUGAAUAUUAAAAUAUAUACGUUAAAAACCCA